AUGUUACGUUCAAUUCAAAAGAAAAUAAUUAAAAUUCACAAAAAAAACCUCGACUGUGCUUCUAUCUAUCUAUCUAUCUAUGUAUACUUAAUGUCUCUCAGUUUAUUCAUAUCUAUCUAUCUAUCUAUCUAUCUAUCUAUCUAUCUAUCUAUCUAUCUAUCCUUAAUGUCUCUCAGUUUAUUCAUAUCUAUCUAUCUAUCUCAUUCUUUUCAUAUCUAUCUAUCUAUCUAUCUAUCUAUCUAUCUAUCUAUCUAUCUAUCUAUCUAUCUAUCUAUCCUUAAUGUCUCUCAGUUUAUUCAUAUCUAUCUAUCUAUCUAUCUAUCUAUCUAUCUAUCUAUCUAUCUAUCUCAUUCUUUUCAUAUCUAUCUAUCUAUCUAUCUAUCUAUCUAUCUCUAUAUAUAUAUAUAUCCCUAUCUAUUUAUCUAUGUCUACUUAAAUCUCUAUUCUAUCUAUCUAUCUAUCUAUCUAUCUAUCUAUCUAUCUAUCUAUCUAUCUAUCUAUCUAUCUAUCUAUGUUGCGCUAAGUGUACCGCUCCAUUCGAAGUUACAAUGGAAUCUGUCUUCGCUACACCGGAAAGAAAAAAGAAAAUCUUUAAGUGUCCAACCAUAUUUUCUCAUUGGUCUUGUUGAAAGACUUAGCAUUCGCUUUCCUGUCCAUACUUCUGCAUUCAUCUAG